AUGGAGGCACAUAACCAAACAGUACUUUCAGAGUUCAUAAUUCUUGGCUUUCAAGAUCUGCAGGAUCUACGCCUUUUACUCUUCAGUGGAUUCUUGACCAUUUAUUUAUUCACAGUGCUGUGGAAUGCCUUCAUUAUCACAAUGGCCACAUUGGACCAGCGACUCAGAACUCCCAUGUACUUCUUUCUUGGUAACCUCUCUGUUCUUGAUAUCUGCUACACUACUACUACUAUUCCUCUGAUGCUGGGCCUCCUUCUCACACAGAGAAACAGCAUCUCUUAUAUAGGCUGUCUGCUUCAACUGUAUUUCUUCUUCUCCUUUGUAGGCACUGAAUGCCUUCUUCUGGCAGUUAUGGCCUUUGAUCGAUAUGUUGCUAUUUGCAAACCUUUGCAUUAUUCACUGGUUAUCAGAAGAACAUUUUGCCUUCAGCUAGUUACUAUAUGUUGGGCUGGUGGUUUCAUCAACUCUGCAAUACACACAUGUUUUGCCUCCAGGUUGCCUUUCUGUGAUGACAACCGCCUUGAUGCUUUCUACUGUGAUAUCCCUCCUCUGCUAAAGCUCUCUUGUGGAGAUAUUACCCUCAAUCAAAGGCUUUUGUUAUUCAUUGGCCUGAUCAUAGCUUGGACACCCCUUUUCUGUAUUCUUCUGUCAUAUGCUUACAUCAUUUCAACUGUCUUGAAAAUACGCUCCACAGAAGGAAGACAAAAAGCUUUCUCCACCUGCUCUUCUCAUCUCACUGUAGUUCUCCUGUAUUAUGGCAGUUGCAUUUUCACCUAUUUAAGACCCAUUUCUUCUCAGUCAUCAGUGAAUACGAAGUUGAUCCCACUAAUGUAUAGUAUCUUGACACCAUUGUUAAAUCCAGUCAUAUAUACCUUGCGCAACAAGGAUGUGAAAAAAGCUAUCCAAAGUGCAAUGGGUAAGGUUUGA